CCGUUUGGCGGGUCCACGAAAGGAAGCGGGGUGUACGGGAAGUGACAAUUGGAUACGGGGGUGGGGAGGCGUGGCCACCCCUCCGAGCGCGCGGGUGGUGUGGCCCGCAGUCGGGGCUUGAAGGGAGGCGGGCGAGACCAAGUGAAGAGUUCGGGGGGGGAAGAGGGAUGUAGAGAAAGAAUCAAGACAAACGAGGAUUAUAGUCGUGAGAGAAAACGAGGCACCUUUUUUUAAAAAAACAACAACAACAAUAGUGCAAGCUAAUUUUUAUAAGGAAAGGAAGCGGAAAGGAGGGGAAAGCGCUAAAAUGGCGUCGGCCGGGCCCGAGCCUGGGGGGAGCAGCAGCAUUUCCUCAGCCUUCAGCUUCCUUUGCUGUUCGGUGAUGCCUUCCCGAAGACGCAAAUGGACACCCGGAACAGCCACACUUAAAAAAACACUUGAGGUGCCGGGUGCCUCCGGGCUCUCCUCGCAAACGAUCAAGAAGGGCCAUAGAGGAGUGGACUCGACUGGUGAAACCACGUAUAAAAAAACAACAUCAUCGGCCCUGAAAGGUGCCAUCCAGCUGGGGAUUACGCACACGGUGGGGAGCCUGAGCACCAAGCCGGAGCGAGAUGUCCUCAUGCAAGACUUCUAUGUAGUGGAGAGCAUCUUCUUCCCAGGCGAAGGCAGCAACCUGACCCCGGCCCAUCACUACAACGACUUCCGCUUCAAAACCUACGCUCCUGUCGCCUUCCGCUAUUUCCGUGAGCUCUUUGGGAUCCGGCCGGACGACUACUUGUGCUCCCUUUGCAGCGAGCCCCUCAUCGAGCUCUCCAACUCCGGGGCCAGCGGCUCCAUCUUCUACGUCUCCAGCGAUGAUGAGUUCAUCAUCAAAACCGUUCAGCACAAAGAAGCAGAAUUCUUGCAGAAGCUGCUGCCGGGUUACUACAUGAACUUGAACCAGAACCCCCGGACCCUGCUGCCCAAGUUCUACGGCCUCUACUGCGUGCAGGCUGGCGGCAAGAACAUCCGGAUUGUGGUGAUGAACAACCUGCUGCCCCGCUCAGUGCGCAUGCACCAGAAGUACGACCUGAAAGGAUCCACCUACAAGCGCCGGGCGUCGCAGAAGGAGCGUGAGAAAGUCUUCCCCACUUACAAGGACCUGGACUUCAUGCAGGAUGUUCUUGACGGGCUCUUCCUGGACGCCGACAUGUACAGCGCCUUGUGCAAGACCCUGCAGAGAGACUGCUUGGUUUUGCAGAGCUUCAAAAUCAUGGACUACAGCUUGCUUGUGGCAGUCCAUAACCUCGACCAGGCGCAGCGGGAACGGGCCGUGGCGGAUGGGGCGGCCCUGGCGGACAUGCGGCGCCCCGCGCCCCAGAAGGCUCUGUACUCCACAGCCAUGGAAGCCAUCCAGGGGGAAGCCCGGCGAGGCGGCACCAUUGAGACCGAUGACCAGAUGGGAGGGAUCCCGGCACGGACCGCCAAGGGGGAGAGGCUGCUUCUCUACGUGGGGAUCAUAGACGUGUUGCAGUCCUACAGGUUCGUUAAGAAGCUGGAGCACUCAUGGAAAGCCCUCGUUCACGAUGGGGACACUGUUUCCGUUCACCGGCCCAGUUUUUACGCAGAAAGGUUCCAACGGUUCAUGUGUAACGUAGUGUUCAAGAAAAUUCCUUUAAAAUCUUCCCCUUCGAAAAAGAGCCGGUCUGGUGCAGGACCUCCUCGGCGGCCGGGCCAGAGCGGAGCCCCUUCCCAGGCACAAGGGCUGUGUGAAACAAAAGUGCAGUUCAUGAUGGAGGCGGAAAUCGAGCAAGGUUCCCAGCUGGGCCGCCCCGACCUCCUUCCACACACUCCCAUCAUAGAGGAAAUCAACAGCGACUCGGCCGCCACGACCUUAUCCACCUCCUCUUUGGGGAGCAGGGCCCACGAUUCGCCAGCCAACAGGUCAGUAGGAGUUGAAGUGCACAAAUCGGUUACCUCAAAGGAUUCGACCCAAAUCGUUCCAGACAGCUUUUCUCCUAGUGCUUCUCCAGGGCCUCCUGUGCCAACCCAUCCAUCUGAGCUGACGGAACAAAUUGAAGACAUGCCAGAGACAGAAAUCAGCUUUUGAGAUAUCCAAGGGUGACCUCGUCUCUCUCUUUUUUGAUGUGAGCGGAAGAUUUUUCGCCAUGCUGUGCGUGGUCUGUGGAGCCCCGAACCUUCAGCCUUCCAGGGCUGCUGCUGAUCUAGAACUUUUAUGUGAACUGCACAGACAAAAAAGGCUGGGCUGCCCCCCUCCCCAGCAAUGUAGUGUUAACCACCACCGUCCCUGAAGCACGCCGUGUCUCAGAAGGGCCCCAGGUUUCCUCUGGUGCGGGCAAGAGCCUUCCCCUGGCACGGGGGGUUUCCAGGCUGUGUCUCAAGAAGGUGCAGAUGCCCUUUCAGGUGGCCCAACCCCCUAAGAGGACUGAGCAUCCGAGCAGAUUUGGUCUCAAGACCGCCAAGAACUCCUCUUGGUAUUCCAGGUCCUCCACGGGGCAGGGCGGGGGGUAGUGGGGUGUCUGUCUGCGUUACUGCACUUGGAAGAGUUAGCAAAAGGAUGAACAUUUUAUCCUUUUUUAUUUUAUUUUUAACUUUUGAAAAUGUAUUUAAAACUCUCCCUCCUGAACUGCCAUAUUGGGGUGCUGUUGCGGUUGGGUUUUUUAAGUAUGUCAUUUUUAGGCCAAGAAAUGUCUGGACACACCGAAAACGGCCUUUAAUCCACAGGGUCUGAAGCGGGGAACGCUUUCGCCUUUAUGGUGCGGGGGGAGGGGGGGUCACACAUGAAGGGUGUCUUGCUCAUUUUUAAUCGUAAAUAAAAAAAAAUAGUGCAAGCGAUAGCCUGCCCCCUUUUAAACAAUAUUGUACUUGUGUCUGCUCUGAAGCAAAGACAGUUUUUAAGCCUUUAGUAUUCUCCUAGUGGACCACACCAAAUCUCCCUUCCCCAUUCUCAGUAUUAAGUCCUUCAAAGGACUCCAGGCUUAUUAAGCUCCUUUUUUAAAAAGAGAGGGGGGAAAAUAAAUUCGAAAUUCCCUGGUUUCUGUUCUUUACCAUAUAUAAGCACACACAACUAUAUCUGUGCUCAGAUCUUCAUUCUGAGGCUUUUUGGCUUCUUUUGCUUUAUAAAAGCUGCCAAAUUUCUCCUUUUUACAUACUGACAUUUUCCCACCCUCUUACUAGUUGUGAUGUGCUUUCCUUUUAAAGACUGCAGUCUUUCUUUAAACCAGAGUGAGAGGGGGGGAAAGCAACCUUAAAGUGGCAAUGGAUGCAUCACUAUGUCUUCCUAACAAAACCACCCUCAACGGCUUGGAAUAUGCAUUGUGCCGAUAUUUUGGGGUGGUGUUUUUUUUUUUAAAAAAACUACAUUUAAACAGACAAAAGAUAAAGUGAAAUUAUAUUUCUCCCAAACAUAUUUUUUUAUCCUUUAUCCCAAAACAGUUUUUUCUAUUCCCUCGUCUGUAUUCAUAAUAAGAAGCUUAGAGGUUAUAUAGAGGGGUCUGGUUUUAUUCCAGUUAAAAUUUUAAUAAUAAAGCAAACGGUCCUACCUCCCAUCAGAAUCUAAAAGCUUGAAGCAAAAAGCUCUUUUUUAAAGAAUUUGGGAACAUCCCUCGAGUUCAUAACCGUCCUCCACUUUUUGUAACAUGUCUGCUGUGGGUGUGGCAUGCCUUGAGCGCCCAUAGAUAGCUUUUAAACCAGAGUUUCCAACCCAGCUUUCAGAAGUGAGCUGCAUGUUAACAACAACCAGGGUUAGCAUUAAUCUCAGUGCAGGCUUGACAGCAUCCCUUGUUUAACACUGAAAAAUGGAAGGGACAACUCCUGACCUAUUAAAUACUGUUAAGAGAUCAGGAAACUUGACAUCUGCAUCAGGAACAAACGGUUGAUUCUAUUUUUUAAAUAAACUUUUAAAAAUAUGGUAGCAAUGGGGGGGAGGACAAAGCCACAUGUUGCAUUCAAACCAGGAAAAAAUAGUAUCUUUCUGUGAUUCCUCCCCCCCACCCCGGCCUUAUUGAGGUCUUAAAAUAUCAGUACAGUAUAGGACUGAACGCCAGGUGAUGACAUGGCUUUGUGUAUGGAAGGUUCUCCUAAGCUUAAAACACAGCCUUCCUCUCCUUUGCCCCCCCCAGUUCUCUCAGAAUUAUAUUUUAAAUAACUGUCUAUAUUAGACACCUUUUGACUCUUCAGAAACAUCUCCACAAUUGUCUUAUUUUUGUCCUGUGAGGAGCAAAAAGCACAAGAUUAUUUGUUUGGUUUCUGUGUUUUUCAUAAUGUGACUAUUUAUGAAGUUGUAUUUAAGUGUUUUCAUCUCCACCCCCCCCCUUCACCCCAAUUCCCUGGGGGAAAUUAGCUCUUCAAGCUGAAGGUGGGGGAGGCAGUGGGAUUAUUUCUGUAUAGCGUAUCAUUUAAUGGCUUUGCUUUGAAUGGGUUUUAAGGAAAGAGCAGGCAACCGAGUUCUGGUGUUUGUAAAGAAAUGGGGGGGGCACACAUUGAGUUGGUUUUUUAAAAGCAGAGUCAGCCUCGAAAAGAAGUGGCAUUGGUUGUAAAUACAGGACUGUCUUCUCCAGCUUUGGGACUAAUCCUUGUUGACCCCCCGCCCUCCCCAAGCUCUGUAAUUGGAGAUGGAAAGAUGGAGGCUAGCUGCUACAUGCAGCCACAUCCGUGGCUGGUUUCUGCGGCAGAGAGGGAGACACCCAGCUAAGCAUCCGUAUAUCCGCCCCUCUCGCCGUGCCGUGGAUUUUUGUCACCCGACCCCUUGUAACUGUCUUGUCAGGCAUAUUGUUGCCUGUUCAAAUGGAUGUUGGAUCCCUCCCACCUCUCUUUUAUUGACUUCGUCUCUGGGAAGGGAUGGGGUGUAACACGGAGUAUGCUACUCAAUCCAAUAAAGCUGUCUUUAUUUCUGUAA